AUGAAGCGCAAAGGCCGCACGGUCUUGAAACGCCGCUCCAAGCCCUCCUUGACCAUAGCGACGGGCCAGAACGGCUACGCGAGCGACAGUAUGGAUUCCUCCAUCGAGAUGCGAAAGAGGGACACCUCUGUCGAGUCUACGUCCGCUCGGGCGAAUCGCCUCAUGUCACGUCCUAGUUUCACUCUCGACCAAGAUCCUCCAAUGACCCCGCAAACGCCCGCCAUGACGACGACCUCUUUCGCGAAUUUGCCCGCCAGCGACCGGAGAAACUUUCUGCUGCUGUGUGUGCUAUACUUCCUCCAGGGUAUCCCCAUGGGGCUGGCCACCGGAUCCGUCCCUUUCCUACUGAAGCCGUACUUGUCGUACGGUCAAAUCGGUGUCUUCUCACUCGCAUCCUACCCCUACUCGUUGAAGCUGCUUUGGAGCCCUAUCGUUGAUGCCAUCUGGAGCCGGCGGUUCGGCAGGCGCAAGAGUUGGAUCACACCCAUCCAGGUCAUCGCCGGAUUGGCCAUGAUCUAUCUCGGCGGACGCAUUGAAGAGAUGAUGCAGCAGGCGGGCGCCAAUGGUGGUGCUGGCGUCUGGAACUUUACAUACUGGUGGUUUUUGCUGGUGUUCUUCUGCGCUACGCAGGAUAUUGCGGUGGAUGGAUGGGCAAUUACCCUCAUGUCGCCCCCGAAUAUCUCCUACGCAUCGACUGCCCAGACGGUGGGAUUGACAGCCGGCCACUUCCUAUCCUACACUGUGUUUUUGGCCUUCAACUCGGCCGACUUUGCAAACCGCUGGUUCCGGGCCGUUCCUGCGGAAGGUGGAUUGCUGUCGCUGGGCACGUACUUGAAGUUCUGGGGCUGGGCUUAUCUUGUUGUGACGACAUGUCUGGCCGUCAUGAAGAAGGAAGACCGGACGCAUGAACGCGAUAGCAUCAUGGACGUGUACCGCAGUAUGUGGAAUGUGCUGAAGCUUAAGAACAUUCACACCAUCAUCCUGGUCCAUCUGAUCGCCAAGAUUGGUUUCCAAGCCAACGACGGCGUAACAAGUCUGAAGCUGUUGGACAAGGGAUUCGGCCAAGACAACAUGGCGCUAGUGGUGUUGAUAGACUUUCCUUUUGAAAUCGGGCUGGGAUACUACGCUGGCAAGUGGUCGACGGAGUACACGCCCAUGCGGCUGUGGUGCUGGGCGUUCAUCGGACGACUGGCGGCAGCCGUCCUGGCCCAGAUCACAGUGAUGAUCUUCCCGUCGGCUGAGCAGGUCCCGUUCUGGUACCUACUGACCGUGAUUGGAGAGCAUGUGUUUUCGACAUUCAUGAACACGGUGAUGUUUGUGGCGGUGAGUGCAUUCCAUGCGCGCAUCGCUGACCCAAGCAUUGGCGGUACCUACAUGACAAUGCUCGCAACUGUCUCCAACCUGGGCGGUACAUUCCCUCGAUACUUCAUCCUCAAGCUAGUGGACAUGUUCACCGAGGCAACAUGUGUUCCACCAACGGUGCCACCACCGUCCGAGAAACUGAAGGGUGACCUCGUCACGGAGGCCUUCUCAUGUGCACUAGAGCCUGACCGGACGCGCUGCGUCAACGGAGGAGGCACCUGCCACGUUCAACACGACGGAUACUACACGACGAACAUCCUGUGUGUGUUGAUUGGCGUAGUGACAUUUUUCUUCUUCAUCCGGCCGGCUGUUUUGAAACUGCAGGGUCUGCCACUCCGGGCGUGGAGAUUAACCCCGGGCAGACACUAG